GCGAGCCGCAGCCGUUAGUAGUAAGGACUAUGUAAAGAUGGCGGAGCUACAGAUGCUGCUGGAGGAGGAAAUUCCUGCGGGACGGAGAGCGUUACUGGACAGUUUUACCAAUCUGGAAAGAGUAGCGGAAUACUGCGAAAGCAAUUAUGUCCAGUCUGCAGACAAAGAGCAAGCGCUGGAGGAGACCAAGAGCUACACCACCCAGUCUCUGGCCAGCGUCGCCUACCUUAUCAACACGCUGGCCAACAAUGUGCUGCAGAUGCUCGACAUCCAGGCCUCGCAGCUCCGCCGCAUGGAGAGCUCCGUCAACCAUAUUUCACAGACAGUCGACAUCCACAAGGAGAAGGUGGCGAGGCGUGAGAUUGGCAUACUGACCACCAACAAAAACACAUCCCGCUCCCAUAAAAUCAUCGCCCCAGCCAAUCUGGAGAGGCCUGUGCGCUACAUUAGGAAGCCCAUUGACUACAGCGUGCUGGAUGACACUGGACAUGGAGUCAAGUGGUUGAUGAGGUUCAAGGUAAAUGGCCAGCAGAGUCUGAAACUUGGAGGAGGUCUGUCCCGGACUAACCCCCCGACCCAGAAACCACCCAGCCCUCCAAGGGCAGGAAAAGGAAUCUUAGGGCACAAGAACUCCCCCUACAGGACACUUGAGCCGGUACGCCCUCCCGUCGUGCCCAAUGAUUAUGCUUCCAGCCCAACGAGAAACAAUUCGGGUGCUGGACAACUUCCGAGUCCGGUCCGCACGGCCACCCUGAACCAGCGACCCCGAACGUACAGUGGCAGCAGCGGAGGCAGUCACCCCAGCAGCAGCAGUCGCAGCAGCAGCAGGGAGAACAGUGGCAGCGGCAGCGUGGGCGUUCCCAUCGCCGUGCCAACGCCGUCACCGCCCUCCACUUUCCCAGUCUCCCCGACUGCUGGACCGUCCAGCUCUUCCUCCACAGCUCCAAACUCCUCCCCUUCUCCCUCGCCGACUCCUUCCUCUUUCUCCUCUUCCUCCUCCACCGCCACCUUAACCCAGCCUAACGCACCCCUACCACCAAACUCGCCCGCACACCAAGCCGACUCGUCUCCUCACACAAGCUCCCAAACAAACGUACAGAACACCAACACCUCCCCACCUUCUAACCCUUCUCCCAGCACCUCUGAAGUCCAGUCCCAGUUGUCUUCUCUUUCUCUUCCUGCUCCUUCUUCUCCUUCACUCUCCGCCUCUUCAUCACCUGCUGAAGGUCCCUUCGUCCCCCAGUUCUACAGCAUGAACCGACCCCAGCCUCGACAACAGACCCCACAGGUGGGGGGGUCACUUCCAUACCGCCGACCCCCUUCUGUGACUGGUCAGCCGAUAACCAACCACGUCAACGGAGGACCCUGCUACAACCAGAGCCCAGCCUCGCCUCCACCUCCAUCGCUCCUGCAGUUCACCCCUCAGCUGCCUCUGAUGGGUUUCGUUGCUCGAGUUCAAGAAUCUAUCACAGACACUUCUUCUCCUCAACCGUCAGCAGACACGCCUUCAGGGCCCGAUGAGACUCCGUCCACUCCGAAACCUUCAGAGGACGGACACGGUGAGGAAGACUCUAAGGUAGUGGAGUACAGCGAUCCGUACGCUGAAGAGGACCCGCCCUGGGCCCCCAGAAGCUACCUGGAGAAAGUGGUGGCUGUGUAUGAUUACACCGCAGACAAGGAGGACGAGCUUUCGUUUCAGGAAGGAGCGAUCAUAUAUGUUGUCAAAAAGAACGAGGACGGAUGGUUCGAAGGGGUGAUGAACGCCACCACCGGCCUCUUCCCUGGAAACUACGUGGAGUCCAUCAUGCACUACGCCGACUGAAACCGCCUGAGUCUCGCUCAUUUAAUCUGCGGCUCACUUCCUUUGAGCAGUAAAGGUGAACUUUGGUCAGCUUUUUAUAUGUUCCUCCUUUGGGUUCAAACUAUUCAAUUCACUUGGAUAUUCUGGUUAUUUAUUGGACUGGGUUUUCGUUGGCUUGUUUACAAAGUGUUUUAUCCUCCCAGAUUAUCUUCAAAAUGUUUCUGUGCGCUCCAUUUAUCUCGGGUGAAUUUCAGGUGAUUUGCACACGAGGCUGGUCACGUUUUGCUAAUAAAUUAAUAACUUACUUAUACACAACGUGUUUUAGCUGUGAGUAAAUCCAUUCAUCAGAAUGCUGUUUCUCCAGACGUUUGUACUAUAAAUACAGACACACGGUAACAAAAGAUAGCGAGAAGACAUUGUGGAAAUACUCUUGUGAAAACUCUACUUUUUCUUCCAUAUUGGUCAUAAAUCAGUGUAGAAUUUUUGGAAUAGAUACACAUGGCAAAAAAAAUCUUCUUGGCCUUUCCAAAAGUUGCAUACUGUGCCUUGCAAACUUAUUCAUGAACUUUUUCCACAUUUUGUCAACCACAAACCUCACUGCAUUUUGUUUAGAUUUUAGACAAAACGUAACGUGUAAUUGUGAAGUGUUAUCGACUUACCCUGCUGCACUUUUCCUUUUUUUUUAUUUAGCUCUAAAAUUUGCCACCUGUUCGGUCAUUGAGUUUUUAACGCUUUAGUCUGAUGAGGUUGAAACGGCACAGCUGGACCUUUUGAAGGUUUGUGAGGAUCUGUUUAGUUUGUGUCAGAUUUACGUUUCUUCACUAUUAACUUUCUAAUGUAACUUUACCAUAUAUUUGUUUCUUUUUUUCUUUUUCUUUUUGUAUUUUACCAUGAGGAGAGUAAGUGCCAAAGGACAAAAGAAAAGAUAUUUAAUGACUAUUUUUUAUGGGGGUUCUUUCUGUCUUGUGAUUAUUAGAAUCAGGAAGAUUUCACCAGCUGAGCCAAUGAAUUUUAAUACAGAAAAAUUAUUCUUUUUUUUCUCAAUUUUGACUGAGGUUAUUUUAACUUAUAUUUUUAAAAUAAUGAUUGAAAAACCCGUUAGAUUUCAUAAAGGAAACCUCAUUUAAAAAUGUAUGGGAUUCCAUUUUUUUCUUUCUCGUUUUCCCUCCAACUUUCUGAGGCUCCCCUAGCGCCCCCUGGGGGUCACAUUUUUAAAAACACUGGUUUACAGUACUGACAGUUAUGACGGCGUUUUAGGGCCACGAUGGUAGAAAAAAAAGUAGUACAUUUGUGCCAAAACAAAAAAAAAAUAAAAAAUCAGACAUUUGAGAUUAAUCUCAGAAAUUUUCUACAGAAACUUUGUACAUUUCUGAGUUUGAAAAGGUCAAAAAUCAGUUUAAAAAAACAUCUAAAAAUUUUAGGUUGAUUUCAAAAAAUUUCCAGGAAAAACUAGGAAAUUUUUGAAUUUCAAACGUUGAAAAUUUUCUACUGUUGAUGCUCAGAAAAUUUCAAAAAAGUCAAAAAUGUUUGACUAUUGAAACUCAAAGAUUUCCAAAUUUUCUUUUCUGUAAAAAUUCUGAGAUUAAGCUAAAAUGUCUUAGUUUUUCGGCAGGAAUUUACUCCUCCAUUUUUCUAUCUACAAUGGCCCUAAUAUGCUGUCAUAGAUAGUCCAAUAGAUAAAGUCACAGAAAAAAACGAAUUCCUCUUUUUGCUGUGACAACACACUUCAACUAAGCAAACACUUCCAGCACUUCUUACAACAAGGUUCCCUCACACACUACAAACCAACCCAAAAUCAAGCAGAAAAGCUCUAAAACAAUAAAAUACUCAAAGUGGAGAACCCCCCUUUACCUUUACACAUUGCACAGGCAGAAAGCAGCUGUUUUAUUUUUUUUUUUCAUAUUGCAAUAAAUCAAAACAUGUGAGCCCAGAUUGCACUCCGCUCUCAGGCUAACAGCAAAUCAGAAAUCUUUGGUGAUGGACGCCCAUGUUUCGGACUCUGAGCCGCCCCCGUCUUUGUGGUUGUGAAGUGAACCCAAACAGUUUGCCAGGUGGAGAUUCUGAACCUGUCGCCAGUUUUAAAGUUUACAGCGUGACUGCCUGCAUGCCUGAUAUGUAUACAUAUAUAUAACUGACACGUGUAUUUACUAUUUUAUUUCAUAAUAUGUGUCUUUGUAGUGUUUUUAUGUUUUGUCUUUUUACUGUUUUAACCGCCUUGUUUUGUUGUCUGGUUCUUCAUCUGGAGCGUUCUGUUCCUGUGGCAGUUCUGUGUUUUGUUUCCGUGCCGGCCCUUUAACAGCGCUGCCGAGGGCUUGGACUUGGCAGCGUAUCAAAGAUGGAGGCGGAUAUUUUGUGCCAAAUGUACGUUUGUGUGUGACGUGACGUGAAUGCAGGUAUCUGUGUGUGAACCAGAACCAAACUUGUGAAGCUGGACCUUUUUAAAAACAAUAUAACAAUAUGUGCAGUGUUUCAGGAGGCAUUUUAAAGCGAAACUAGGAAAGAUGACUUAAAAUAUUUAUGAAAAUCUGUGCACAAUGUAACAUCACAGUGUCACAGAAGGAGCUUAUUUGAGCUUCUAAUCAACACGUCAUCUUGGCAACUUAGCUUUUCCUGCAGCAUCCCUUUAAAGAAAACGCCGACUGAGAAAUUAGCUGUGAAACGGUAAUUCAACUCCUUCAACAAAUCGGAUGUUCCAAAGUAACAUGUUUAAUCUUUGAAUUGUUUCCCAGGAUCUCAAUAAUCACAUUUUAGCAUGUGUAUGUUAUUUUUUGUAUCAACAUUAAACACAAUUUAUUUGUGAUUUGAAGCAUUUUUGAGGAGAUUAUCAUUAUUAUUAUUAAUAUUAUUAUUAUUAUAAUUUUUUGAUGUGCACUCACUUUUUGUAGGAGACUAAAUUUGGACUGAGGUGAAAAAAUCAAAGUAUUUUGCUUCAUGUCUUCAUUCCUUGUUUUGUUUUUUGGGUGUUUCUUUGUUACGUGUUUUCCGUGGUGUUCCUGCAUCUCCCUAGUGGAACGUGUUCUCCGGACGAGCUUUCUGCUUUCAAAGCGGAAUCUGAACUCUGAGCACAUUGCUGUUUUGUAAGACAGAAAACAAAAGGAAAUAAUUAAUAAAUGUUUUAACAUCC